AUGCUUAGAAAACUUAAACCAACGGAAAAUGUUCUCGACCCUGCACCUAAGCGAUCUGCAUAUAAAAAGGUGAAUAACAAAAAUCAUGUCGGAUCAGGAUUGAGUGAAGAAGACGAGGAUGAUGAGAGUGAAGAUGAUGAUUCAUGGAACAGUAGCAGCGUUGACGAAUCUUCCGCACCAGUGGCCACUACUUCAGAUGUUAGGGUGAGAGCAAGUGGGGGCAGCGCUUCUGCUGCGCUUGGGUCGUCCUCUCCAUCUACAAUCAGUGCUAAAAUCAACGGUGAUGGCAGUAGUGGUACUGGAGGAAGCGGGAAGAAAAGAAGUGUCAAGAUUCAGACCCUUUCAGGCGUAUCCUGUCCAACUGUGACCCCACUUCAGAUGCAAGAAAUCGAACGACUGUCUGCUUUAGAGAUGGGUCUGAGUGAGGAGCAAAUGAUCGAAAAUGGAGGUCGUGGUGCGGCUAUGAUGUGUCUUCAAGCUCUUGGAGGAUCAAGGAGAAUCCAGCCCAACAACCAUAACUCUGCACCUAUAGUUGUUAUUCUAGCAGGCAACAAUCGAACAGGAGCAUACGCACUAUGCGCCGCAAGACACUUGUCGAAUCAUGGAUGUGUAGUAUUAGCAUUCAUUGCUGGUUCGAAUCAUGAAGGACAGCUCUAUCCGAUGGCGUCAUCUCAAUUAAGAGGAUUUUUGGCUGCAGGAGGUGAGCUGAUUCACACAAUUGCGGAACUCCCUCAAGCAUCAUCACCCGUGGAUUUGAUUAUGGAUGGAAUGCUCGGCUAUCAAUAUAUGGUCCGAGACAUUGUCGAUUCGGAUGAGCGGGAGACGAUAUGUGAUCUGAUGGAUUGGGCUAACGACAAUAAAGCUCCAAUCCUUAGCCUGGACAUGCCUAGUGGUGUGAAUGGAACUACCGGGCAAGGAGAUAAGACAAAGUUCUGUAUUCGUCCCAAAUGGACACUUUGUCUCGGAGCGCCAAAAGCAGGAUGUCGGUCUAGAUCCACAACGGGAGAGUUGUUCCUGACAGAUCUAGGUAUUCCUAGGGCUUGCUGGAAGAAGGCUGGAGUAAAAGGCUGGGGAUUGCCUUGGGGAGCGGAUUUUCUGGUGGGCUUAGAAUAUCUUUAA